AUGCUCGUGAAAACAUUUGGCUACAUUCAAGUGCUGCUAGGGAUUUGGUACACCGAAGGAUCCAACGCCAUCAUCCACACAUACGUUGUUAAUUGCUCCAAAAUGAAUCAAGGUGGACGAGAAGAUUUGAACGCUAUUGCGAGACUCGCUCUCGAGUCAGUGGUGCGACUCAGAGAAAACCAUUCAAUGACCCAAAGUGGAAUAAAUGUUUUCACUCAAAGCAUCAACAAUAUUCUCGAAACGUUUGUUUCUACUCUUCAGGCCAAACUAGCGAAAAAUGACGAGGAAACUGCUGAAAUAUUCCAAACAGCUGCUCGUGAACUUCUUCUGAGUGACCCGCUAAAAGAAGUUUCAACCGAGCAUAGGAUAAGGUCGUGCAUGAAAUUGUACUGCGGCCUUGUUGAUCCCGUGCCAGUCAAGCAGGGCGUUGGAUUCUUCCCAACAUACGGGAAGAAAGUUGAGGCUGAGCUACUUAUCAAAGGUGAAGGAAAAGCCCUUGCUCCUGAAAAGAUUUACAUCAAUAACCAUGAGCUCAAGUUUGAUUCAGUUCUUAUGAUCAAAAACCCUGAAGAUGCUCUCCCUCUUUUUGGGCAGAUCAAAGCAAUUUUCUCAACGACAAAAGAUUGUGCUCUGGUGUUCAAAGAGUUUGAAACAGAAAACUUCAACCAGCUGACAAAUGCCUACGACUACAGCUCGUCCACCAGCUCCUGCUCGUCCACCAGCUACAGCUCGUCCACCAGCUCCUGCUCGUCCACCAGCUACAGCUCGUCCAUCAGCUACAGCUCGUCCACCAGCUACAGCUCGUCCACCAGCUCCAGCUCGUCCACCAGCUCCUGCUCGUCCACCAGCUCCUGCUCGUCCACCAGCUACAGCUUGUCCACCAGCUACAGCUCGUCCACCAGCUCCUGCUCGUCCACCAGCUACAGCUCGUCCACCAGCUCCUGCUCCUCCAGCUCGUCCACCAGCUCCUGCUCGUCCACCAGCUCCAGCUCGUCCACCAGCUCCUGCUCGUCCACCAGCUACAGCUCGUCCGCCAGCUCCAAAGACAUCUUCGGCAUGGAGGACAUCAAGCUACUCAGAUGGCUGCGGUCCUCCAUGACAUAG